GGCCGUAUGCGCCUUAAGCCAGGCCUCGGUGGAGCGCUAGGCUCCUUUCAGAAAGGCUGCUGACUUCAGUGGGUUUGCCCGCGCCGCGCUUCCCCAAACCUUCAGUGCCUCCUGUGCGUCUCCCCGCACCGCCCGAGACAACCAGACCGGAUUUAAACCCCUUCCCUCUCCCUCAGUCAGGGAACUGUCGAGGGCCAAAUCACGACGAUGGGAGUGGCGGGCUAGGGACGCCUGCCCUUAGGAUCUCUUGGAAGGACGAGUGUUUGUAGAACUUGCCCCCUGUGAGCACCAACCAAGACUUGGAAACUUAACUGAGGGAGCAUGAGCCAUUUGCAGAACUUACUGUUAGAUACACUCCUGGGAACAAAGCAUGUGGACAGUGCAGCCCUCAUCAAACUCCAGGAGCGGAGCCUAUGUGUAGCAUCACCAGGAUUUAAUGUAAUGCCCAGUGAUGUCCGAACACUUGUAAAUGGGUUUGCCAAAAACCCUUUGAAAACCAGAAGAGAAGGAUUGUAUUUCAAGGAGAAGGACUACAAAUGUAUCCGGGCAGAUGACUAUUCUCUUUAUGCCAAGAAUGAAAACACUGGUGUGAUUGUUGUGAAGACCCAUCUGUAUCUUCUGGUGGCAACUUACUCUGAAGGCAUGUAUCCUAGUGUCUGUGUGGAAGCCACAGAGAAGUUGGGAGACUAUCUAAGAAGAAAAGGGAAUUAAGUCAUCAGAGGACUAUGAAAGAUGGCUUUUAUGAUUUUAGAAGAAAAUUAUAGGUCCUAAGGAAAUAAAUGCCUUAUUUUGUGAUUUAGGCAGAAGAUACUGAAAAGGAAGAAUGAAUUAAGGAAGGAAUUUUUCUUAUUUCAAGAGGUUCUCUUUUUUAAUUGGAAUUAUUUAAUCCACUUUAUCUUUUUUCUUUAGUGUUGUUCAUUGGCAUGAAUGUGAUGCACUGAUAGUUUCACAGAGCAUAUCUGUUGGAAAACUCCUCUAUGAGUCUCUUGUAUUCCCACAAAUAUUGUUGGUUAUGCCAAGAAUGCAAGAAUGAUUGAACUUAAUCUCCAGUCACUCUCCCCUCUCCAGAGAUCAGCAGUUGAGGGACCAGGGACAAAGGCUAAAAAUAUUUAUUAUAUCACUUCUGGUCUUAAUGGCAAGGUUGUACCAGGUAAAAAGGUGGCUAUAUCUUGCUAUCUUAGCCAGAUUAAGUAUUAAACAUUCAGUUCAUCUCAAUCAUCCCAUCUUGUCCAGAAUCUUUGCUCACCAUUUGGCUUUCCAUGUAGCUCUAUCUAGAGAUGUUGGGGUCAGACCUCAUGCCAAUGAUUUCUCCUUUUAAAUUAGAACACUGACAUCUGAGUUUCAUAACUUAGUUAUGUGGACUGUACACCAACUCUCCACAUGCUGACAAACUGAGGUUUUGAGCCCGAAAGGCAGAUCUGAUCUUGGAUCACAGUGAUCUCUAAAGUACUGAAGCUAUCAUGAAGCCUCUUGGCUGCUCACAUUUCCCAGACAUACACACUGCACUGCUGAGUGCCAAGUGGAAGGCUUUUUCAUAAACUUCAUCAAGGCAAAUGCCUCACUGUCUAGAGUCCUCCUAUGCAGCAUGGUCUAGCUGCUUCCUACAAUUCUUACCACAAAGUUCUGGUCAGGCUCAGCUACUCAGACCCACAAAAGGGACCUUUUGAUGGCAGCUCGCUGUGGAGGUGCCUAGGGAGCAGGUGAUGUUCUGAAACAGGGGUCUCCAAACAAGGAAAAUUUUUGUCCUAAUAGUUCACAAAGACUUGAAAUGGCACAUACAAGCAUGAAUGUACUCAAGGGAUUAAUUUUUUUCCCCAGGUCCCCAACUUCCAUAUGUACUUUCCUAAAAUUUACCUGUUGUGAUUGAGCAGUAAUGCCAGUUCUCCCAGUAUGCAGAAGAAAGGCCUACUCUCAUCCAGCCCCAGUCCUAUUGUAAUACUUGGCUUGGAGUGUAAGAACUGCAAGGUACCAAAGGAAAGGAAAAUUCUCAAUUAUUUUUAAAUGUAAUGAGCUCUUUCAUCUUGUAAAAAAUACAUCAUAUGUGAAGAAGAGUCCCAUGAGAAUAAAUCAAAAAACGUAUCAUUGAGAAAUAGUGAAAAUCUUUGUAUCAUAAUUCAUCCAGGAGAGAAAGACUCAUUCACGUUUCAAAAGAGAGAAGCAAGACAGUUAUCAUAAGGACAUGAAAUAACAUGUUUACUUGAAAAAUGAGAAACCUUUUCUGAUAGAAAUAUGAGUUGGUUGAUUAGUUUAACAAUGGUGGCUGGCUUUGCCAAAAAGAAUGUCACAGAUGUUGUUGAUAAAUGGGUUAAGUUUACAAUGCCAAGAUGUCAAUUAAAAUAUAUAUAUUUUUAGCUUA